UUCAGCAGCUCGUGCAGCAGCAGUCAGCCUCAGCCCUCUGCUCAUGGACAGCACACGGAUUUACCUGAAUAACCCCACAUUUCUCCUGAUCCGUUAACCGCUGCAGCUAACCGUGAACCCCUGGAGAUCAUAGAUGUGAACGGGAGACCCCGUAGUGUUCGGAGGUGUUUAGGCCGGAGAGAAGCAGCGACAACACCGCAGCGAGGACGGCUCUGCCCCGCUGUCCUCUCGGCUCCCUCCCGGUGGAUUUUAUCGCCUUUGACGGGACUCUUAUCGCCUCGUGUGGUUUUUUAUCGGACUCUUUGUGUUUGGAUUUAAUUAAACGUCUCCAGUUUAACACCUAGCAGCUCUCAUUCAACCACCUUCACGGCGACAUUUCCGCGUUUUGACGUCUGAUGCUUCGUCUACCCGGCAGCUAGUCCUGCUGAGUGACCCAUGGUGAAGGUGGCGGGGUCUGAUGUCAGCCCCUCCUCUUGACAACCCUCCCACCAUGCCCACCAUGGUUUCACGCCUUCCAAAGUUUGGCUCGCGGCCCAAAUUGGACUCCCCCUCUAACGGCGCCCAGAUAGGACCGCCUCCGACUGCGAACAGCUUCACCAGCACCCGCCUCACCAACGGGUUCUACCACCACCCUGGCCCAGCGGGGGUCAACGGCGGUUUGACCGCACCGCCUGCUUCUUUAAAGCAAAACGGCUUCCUCAGGGUGCCCUCGUCCUUUUCCAUGAAAUGGAGGAAAGAGAACGAGACUCUGGAGAAUGGCGAGCACGAAGGUAGACGAGGAAAAGGCGGGAACGUCGGGCAGAAUCGCUCCGUUAAUAAUGUCCAUCAGUAUUAUUCCCAACGGCAGCAGACAUCACCUGUUUCAUCUCAAAGUGACGUUAAAAAGCUAACCACCACUUCUGCAGGAAAGGGGCGUGGCUCUGUCCAUCCUGUGACAGCAUCACCACCAGCCCAGGUCUCUAAAACCGGACCUGCUGGUUCCAAACCGAGCCGAGCUGCUCUGGGGCAGAUGAAUGGCACCAAACAGACUCAGUACAGUUUUAAUGGUUCUAAACCACGUAAGGGGGCGCAGAACGGCGCUCUGAGACAGCCGCUGACUUUUACACGCCCUGCUGCUACCAGGUCAGCAUCAGGCCUCGGCUCUCGCUCUGGCUCCCCCCUCCAGAAGAAGACUCCCGCCAACCGCUCGCACUCCAGCGACAGCCUGGGCUCGGCGCCACCUGUCCAGCUCACAGAGAGCGAUCGCCUUCGUUCGCGUAGCCUCACCCAGUUUAGGCGCCAGCCCUCCCCUAACCUCACCCUCUCCUCCACCUCCUCCUCCUCCUCCCUCUCCCACAGCUCGGCUAAGUCCCCCCUCACCAACCAGGCUCCAUCGGCAGGGGGCGCCAGAGGAGGCGGAGUCAAAGGCAAAGGUUCUGCUGUGAAUGCUGGAGUCAGAAUGCCCUCCUUGCUGCCACCCUCUGCCUUAAAGAAGCCUCUCCUACUCAGCCAUGGCCCCGCCUCCAAGCCCAGCGGUAUAAGCUAUAAGCUAUCACGCCCGUCACUCAUCAAGCAGUCCCGCCCACUCAGGGUGACGGCAGCCAAUGAGCAAAGAGAUGACCAGGAACUGAGCCAGAGCCAGAUCCAAUCACCAUCCACUUCAGAACCCAGUCCAGAAAGUGCCCCAGAGGCUCCAGAGACUAAAGGCUUCUCCUCAGAGCUGGUGUCCCAGGGAGAGGUGUCGAUUGUGGGGGAGACGUUGGAGGACAUGUCCUUGUCGUCCAGCUCCUCUUUAGAUCGAAACGACACGAGUCAGGAGUACAUGGACGACUUUGACAACCUGGGAAACGGAGGAGUGGGCAUCCUGCUUCUCUCCUCCAAAAAUGAUGAAGAUGACUCAGGUCUUGACCAAUCGUGUGCCAGGUUUGAUGAUGACAAAUCAGCGGUGAAUGGAGUCGCCAAGUCAACGGGACUGUGCUUCCUGGACGACGGUGAGGACUGGACAGGGAUGAGACUGAAUGGUGAACGAGGCGAACACCGACUCACCAGACUUUCUCAUCGGAGAAGGACCAGUCAGCCGGACUACCAUGAACAGGGUGGGUCGUCUCUCGACCUCUCCCCCUCAGACAGCUGUGGGUCAGGGGGAACCUACAUGUGGGACGAGGAGGGCCUGGAGCCACUGGGGGGCGCCGUCACGACCGCCUCCAUCAAUUCCAACAGCAACACCACCCAUCACAUCGGGAGCUUCGACUCGGACCUCAACAGCAUCGACAUUUUAAAUAACCUGGAGUCAUGUGAUCUGGAUGAUGAUGACCUCAUGCUGGAUGCUGACGUCCCUGAAGAUGGCUCUCUGCACAGCGAUGGAGAUGGGAUUUCCCACAUGGCUCAGUGGAGGAGGAGACAGCUCUGCUGGGGAACUCAGGACGUCCACAAUGACACUGAAACUGACUUCCAGUGCUACAAGCUGACCGAGGAUCCCGGGAACAAGAGGAUGGACUUGACCAGGGAUGGAGAUCUGAUACUGGAGCUCUGUCCUCCCAGGUCUCCCUCUCUGUCUCCUGGUUCUCCUGGUUUUGGUCUGGAUGUGGAGGAACUGGCCGAGGACUGCUCAGCCGUCAGAUCCCAGCUGGAGUACCUGCAGAGGUUACUGCUCCAGGAGGAGGACGCAGACGAUGACACUCUAACCACGGAAACGCUGAGUCCUGAGAACGACUCGUCACACAGCUCAGACACUCAGGUGCAGACGCUCCUGCAGGAGGUGCAGCAGCUGAGAGAGGAGCUGAGGAGCAGAGACCGAACCAUCGCACAGCUCACGAAGCAGCUGCAGACUGUUCCCAAAUCAACCACCAGGUGUCACUGUCAGGAGACUUCAGGGAGGAUGGACCGACACACGCAGACGAGCGUGACGGAGAGGGAGAGCGUGGCCUCUCAGACGCCGUGGAGAGAGCAAACACCACAGAUACUUCACUCCUCCAGCCAGGACGACCAGAAACCACUGACAGACCGCUGCUUAGCCCCAACGCCCCCACAAGCUCCGCCUCCAGCUAACUCAAACUCCACCCACCCCAGCACCACCUCUACCGCCGCAAAGGAAGGAAGAGAUGACGAGAAGAUGGCGACAAAGGAGGAGAAAUCCGAUACGAAGGAGAGAAAAGGAACCUUCAACCGAUCCCUGCAGCUCCCCCAGCCCUCCAAGCUCCGCCUCUUCUCUCACGCCUCAGGCUCUGGCUCUGCUGCCUCCCCGCCGUCGAAGACGAAGGCGGUCAGGCAGCUCAGCAACGACUCAGAGAGUAACGGCACAGCUGGAGUUAAAGUCAAAACGUCCGCCUUAAACUUGUCCCGCCUCCCGAAGCCGAAGAGUCACUGAAACAUGGAGGAUGGAAACACGAGAGAAAAUCAGAGAGGUUUAAAGACUCGUAACUAACUUAUUUAUUGUUUUAUUUUCAGCACUGACAAUUCCAAUGAAAUCUCAGUGAUACUUUAUUUUACAGCUGCAAAAAUCUCCUCAAAAUCGACUUCACAAACACGCUGAUAGAUCAGCGUGAGUACAUAAUAACGGUAAUUAAAAAAGAUGAUUUUUACUUAUUUGGUACUGAUUAUAAAAGGCAAGUUAUGGGAGAUAUCAUUGAGUAAAAACCAGGUUUUUGUGCACAAUUUGCCUCUAAUUUUUCAUCUUUUUUGCUCCUCGUUUUGUCCUGUUUUUGCACUUCGUAAUCUCGCAUAGAUAUUUAACAUUUUCUAGCAUAAAUUUAGUAUUUUAAGCUCCUUUUUGCUUUCUAAUAACUUUGGUGACCCUGUGAUUGUUUCUAACAUCUUUAAAAACAAGUUUUAGGGUUUUUAAACUCACCUGAAAAGCUGAUGUUCUCCGAAGUUUGAUUCAAACACUCAUGAAGAGGGUAAAAUAUAUUCUUUGAGGUUAAUUUAGGUUAAUUGCAUCUUUCACGUUUUUACUCCAUGAAAUCUCCCCAGCAGCUCAAUUGUCAGCUACAAAAAAAUCUGCAGGUUAACACAAAAGUAAAUUUGCAUUUCAAAUAAUAUUUCAGUAAUUGAGUAUCAAUAAUGUGCAAAUUUAGGAGUUUGCUUGGUGGAAAUGAGAGUGGUACCUUCCUGAAAAUGAUGGCUCUAUCUUCUUUCCCUAUCCCCCCGAUGCCUUUAAAGGUUGCUGUUAUGGUACAGUCAGUGCUGUAUGUAUUUAUGUCCAGUUAAAGUUAAAAGCUGGAAUGCAAAUGUGCAGAAAAAUCGCUCUGGAAGCUUGCUGGUUGGUGUGUUUUUCUGCAGAUGUGUGGAAUCUUCCCUCCAGUGAGAUCACCGUGUUUCAGCUCAUUCACUGUGUUAGGAUUUCUGUGUGCCUCACCUCCUUUACAACAUCUCACCUGGAGAAAUGUGACCGUUUGGAAACUCAUGCCACUCUUCCAGCCUUCGUCCUUCCCAAGUCUUCCUCUCUAGGGGAGAACUGUUUCCAACUAUGACCCCUAAACCCCCCCAACACCGGAUCAAUCCUUCCUCGUCUGAAACCUGCUGCUCUGCAAAAACACCCGGUCUCCAGGUCGGAAAAAUGACUUUUAAUCUUUGCACUGUCCAUCUAUUACUCACAUUUUGGUGUCUUUUUCUCGUAUUAAGCUGCAGCCGCAUCCAGAAACAUUUCUUUUUGCCUUUAAAGAUGGAACGUUUCAAGAUAAACCCAGACCGUUGUGUCAAUUGAAGGGUCAGCCUUCUCCUCCAGCCUCCCAUCUUUGUUAUGACCCCUUUUUUUUCUGUGUGUUUUACCAGAAUUCAGCCGCUCUUCUUCCUUUAAAUCCCCAUCCAAGCUUUUAAAGCCACUUAACCGUCGGUGGACUUUGAAUAUGACAAAACAAGCGUCUUAAUUUCUAAGAUUUUGUGUUGUUUUUUUCCAUCAGUGACUUUGUGAGCUCCCAAAAGCUUCUCAAAGUUUUGUCUGCAGACUUUAUGAAAGUUAAGGGCUCUGUAUGCUUCAAACCAACUUCUUUAUACAUCAGUUUUCCUGCAUUUAUGGUGGAAAAGUUGCAGUUUUUACUGCAUUUAUCAGCUAAAGUCUGGACAACCCUGAUGUGCUGCAGUCAUAACGUGCACAUUAGCUUAGCUCUGAUGGUAGCUGAUGGGUUAUUACACGUUUUUACACAUGAAACAUGGUCUGAUCUCAGAACAGGAGUCAGAACCUCAUCAUUUAUAUGUUAAACAACCAAAAAAAGUUUACAACAUGACAUGAUAAGAACAUGAAAUCCUCACUAUCUGAGCCUGACGUCACAGGAUUAUGCACGGCAUGAGAAUCUGGUCCAUAUAAGGACUCAUCUGUUUGGUUUUUGUGCAGAUUUUUUUUUUUUUUUCAAAGAGAGACUGGUCUGCAAUCAUGCUCUUUUUGCUAUCAUGAUGUGACUAAAAAGACAGAAAACAGUGAUGAAAAGGACUGAAACAUGCAGAGAGAAAAAUACCAGACUUACUUAGAAACUAGAGACACGUUGUCCCAGUCUGUCUGUUUGAAGCAUAACGAGGCCUGUAACUUAAAAACACUCCGUUUUCAGUCGAUGUAUGCACAGAAGAAUCAUCUCCUCACUUUAAAACGUCAGGGGGAGAGUUUUCCUUUCUUUACUCGCUGACAUUUUUAAGAUUUAGACAUUCUGAAUCCCAGCGUUAGAGUGAUAUUUUCAGGAUCUGGAGGCUCCGUCGCCACAUUAACAUUUCCUCGUUCUGCGGCUCAGAGAAGAGAGCGGCUGAAACGGUAAAACGAAUCCUCUGACAUUUACAAUCGCACAAAACACUCCGACAUCUGAAACAUUAUCUCAUUUAUAUAUCGGAGCUCCUCGGCUCUGCAGAGCUGCCUGCUUUUAAAACAGUAACUGUGUAUGCAAGAAAAUAUGCAAAAAUAAUCCUCACCAUCCUGUAGGUUUUAAAUCAGACACGCAGUCUCAGCCCCGUGCAGAGAAUAUAUGCAAAAUACUCCUAAUAUAUCUGAUAGUUCACACUUUUAACGGCUUUUUGUUCUACAGAAUGUGUAAGAAACUGACAUUUAAAGGUUCUGCUAUCAAAAAUCACACAAACAAAUAAGACACUAAACUUUACAAACAGCAGCAGCAGAUGUUCCGCUCUUCCUGUUGGCUCUUUGUCCCAAACUAGUAGAUAAAAAUGUGUUAAAAUGCCUCUGCUAGUACUUCCCUAAUAUUAUUUUUAGAUUUUAUUGUAUUUGUUCCUGAGAAAACCCUCUCUCAGAUGCAUGAGAUGUUCAAGAUCUACUGAGUUGUUCUCUCCUGGAAUCUCAAACUGAUGAACGCCAUGCCCUCAUUAAGCUUGAUUUAUUCUUCUGCGUUGUGUCCACGGCGUACGUACGUGUCAAGGGAACGCAUCGCUCUGCAAUUCACCGCCAUGACGCUAGGGGGGUGUGGCUGUGUGUGUGUGUGGUUUCAGAGGGGUCACAUCCAAGCGGCUGUGUCGCUCUCCGCUGAACUGGAUGUCUGUUUUAAUGAGAGUGGAUGCUUGGGUGUGUGAUUACAACCAGUAGUCGAUAUCACAUGUUGUUUGCACAUAAGCACAAACCGGAGGUUGCGCUGGACUUUUUUGUUGUCCGUCACUCCUUUAAAAUCCCGCUGGAUCCAUCCUGACAGAGAGCUUCAUACAGCACACACUCAUGCGUCACAGCGCUGAGACAAGCUGGAGAGAUGGAGAACAAGGGUUACAAACGUUUGCCUUUAUCUGUUAGAUUUCCAUGACUGAAAUGGAAACUACGGUGUUAAAGUGAGGUUUCAGAGAGAGAGAGAGGAGGGUUGGGUGGGGAUGAGCGAGCGAGAGAGAAUAAAGCAACAUGCGCUGAUCUGAAUCAUCGUUCACCCAUCUCUCUGUUAUAUUUCCAUGGUUGAAAUCUACAUGAUAAAUGAGCAAACUUUGGUGUUUAAAGUGAGGGUUCAGUGGUGAGCAAGCGAGGUGGAAGCAGCGGGAACUGUUCUGAAUCAUCGAUCGCCUUGGACACAUACGAAAUUUCGCAUAAAAUCGAACCUUUUAUGAAAAAAACUGGAAAUGAAUCGGCAUCAGUGUGCAGACAUGAUUAGAGCAACAUGAAACAGGCUCAUUGGGCAAAGGCCUUAACUCUCUGCAUGCCGACCUGUGUACUGAGACACCUGCAGGCUGCAGCAGCCUCUCAGUGCUGUCAGCACCAAGACCGACGCACUUUCAUUAAUCUAUGAUGUCGAGGUCAGUGAGAGAGCCCACUGGCUACUAGAUUUUUAAUAGAUUUAAUAACCUCCUUGAUAGUCCAUGUGUGCUAAAUGGAAAAGGUGCAUCUGUCUGCGUGUGUGCGCUGAAAUGCACGCUCAUCCUCAUCAUUCCAGCCCUUCAAAAUGACGGACAGCCUUCAAAAUUCUCAGUCAUCCUUCAAAAAAAUCCCUCAGUGACUGAGAAUAUUCAGUUAACGUGAACUCUGCAAACGUAACCGAUGAUGUAACAUUUCGAUAUGUGCGUAAUAACAGGAAGAAAGACCAGAAAAAGCAACUGCAUGACGUUUUGAGCGGACCAAUCACAGCCCUUGCGGUCCGCGCAGUGACGCGUAGUUAGAAUUUUUUGGAGGUGCGCGUCAGGCUACGCCGUAGGGGUCUGCGUCGACACAGAGGGCUAUGUGUAGCUACGCCAUCGGCGCAACACAGAAGCAUAAAUCAGGCUUUAGCUGAGGCUAAUUAGCACACAGACUGGCCCUCUUUCAUGCCCAUAUAAGGGCAUGAGACUGCAGGGCAGUGUGCAAACACAGAAGGCACACAGGAUCUACUAGGGAUGCACGGUAUUGGAUUUUUGCCGAUAUUUACAGAUUAAUUUUAGCUUUUCGGACAAGAAAUUUUAGUCCUUUUGGACACUUUAAGGUUUGAGGAUGACUAAGGAAACAAACGUUAGUCCUUAAAAACAUAGAAAACAUUCUUUUUCCUGUCUGUAGAUGACUGUAGCGGGAAAACUCAGACUAGGACUCCAAAAGGCUCGAGGUUAGCAGACAUUUCUUUUAUAGAAAUGCUAAUACCAUAAGAUGUAAAAAAGACAUUACAGAAUAAAGCGGACUGUUGAGGACAAUAACGGCAAAUCUGACAUUAUCAAAGAAACAGUCCAUGCAGGAAAAAACCACAGCUAUGAGGAUGAUCUUUAAAAAGCAGCUGCUGCUGCUGUUCCUGCUGCUCAAAACACAAAAACUUUAAACUUAUCGAUCCAUGAAGCCGCUCUGCUUCCUGCAGCUGUGUGACGCUCCUUAAUGUCAGUAUUUUUUAUCUUCAUGCCUUUUUUUUUUCUUCAGUAUCGGGAGGAUUUUGUGACUCUUCAGAUCGAUGAACUCUAAAAGUUUCCCCUCACGCUGCUUCGUUGUGGACGAUAUUUCAAACACUGUAUCCUAUUUAAACAGAUAUCUGAUAUAUUUCAGCUGAAACUCAUAUCUACACUGAUAUCCAUCCUGUUCCUGUGCUGCUGUGGGGAAUAUUUCUAUUUAUUUUGUUUUGUUUUAUGAUGAAAACUUGAAGAUGAUCUAAAAGCAUCCUGCCGUUUUAUUGAAUUUAUUUUUGUGCAAUAACUCUGAAGAUCUCAGUGUUUGCUGCAGCGCUAACUCUUAUUUAUGUUGAAGACUGUAUAAACUGCUGUAAUUAUGAAUAUUCAUGUCCGUAUUAAUCUGAACUGUUGCUUGUAAAGCGUCUUUAAAAAAUGCACUUUAAGAAGAAAGAGGCAGAGCUGCUUCAGCUCGGCUGUUAAAGACUUUACCUGUCUUUAAAAGUGACUUUUGUUUUUCUGUUGAUGAAUUUGGAGGCUUUUUCUCGGUUGUUUCAAACGGCUGCAGUGACGCUGCGUUCAUGUCCGAUAGGAGAAGAAUGAACAUAAAUCAAACACAUCGCUGAUGUUAAAUCUGCAUCCAUCGGUUGGUUCGGUUGCAAUCAGAGCAGAAUUAAAUAUCCAUCAGGGUUUAGAUGCAAACAAGAAUUAGCAUGCAUGUACUCAUCUGUUUGCAGAACAGUGUCUCUCUGCUCCAUUACAACUAAAUAAACAACCGAUCAAUCAUUGUCAUUGAUGAUUUUAUGAGAAAUUAUCUCAUCUUUACAUCCAUGGACCUGUGGAAGCAGACUCCACAAUGAGGGAUCAUAAAAAUCAGCUAAUAUGUUGUCUAAAAUAUAAAAUCAAAGAAAAUAAAGCUAAAAAAUGAGCAUAAAAGCAUUUUAGGAUCAGUACUGACCAGUACUUUAAUGAGACGAUGAAGCAUAAAAUCCUUUAACCCUCUGGGGCCGUUCAAAUAUUGAGGAGCUUUAGCACAUAACAUGCACACCUCAUACUGUCGCUAUUAACAAAAAUGAUACAUUUAUAUUUUUUCUGCUUUCAUGGAGCUCAUUUUUUCAGCUAAAUCUGACCUAAAUAUUGAUAAAAAAUAUUCUUGAAUUUUUUUAAGAGUUUAUAAAAGUUUCAGAUUUUUUUUGGUUUUGGAUUAUUACAGCCUGGGAUGUGUCAUUGAUUAGCAGCAACAUUUAUUUUCAAGCAUUGAUAUUUUUUGUGCAGUGACAAAUACUCCCUCUGAGGACCUUUAGUGCAUAAAAGGC